CCUCCCUGACAGACUGACAAGAACGUCGUUGUGCCUGUACUUCCGAGAGAUUAUCUUGCUGGGAAGUUAUCUUCAUCGUGUAUGAGACGACGUUAUUUCUUGAAUUUAAAACUAUAAUUAUUUAAGCACAUCGGGAAUGCAACAACCUGAAAAUACAUGGUGCAAUAGUUAUGCUAAUAAUUGUAUAUAGUGAUCUUUUAAUAGUUAUUUAUAACGAAAUGAAUUCUUAUCCCUCAAAAAUGUGUAAUAGUUGUGGGAAAAUAAUUAUUAGCGAGAGUGAACUGAGGAAUAUGCAACAAACGUUGUUUUACCCUUUCAUUCACAACGGAGAGCUGGUUUUGGAGGUAGAAUGUGGCGCGAAUAUCGGUUGGCUCUUCAUAUCUAGACUUUGCCAAGGGUCGAAAGGUGCUUCGAUCUUAUUCCAGAACAUAUGGUUCACGCCAAAUGAGUUUCAGUUCAUAAGUGGAAGAGAAACUGCAAAAGACUGGAAGAGAAGUAUCCGUCAUAAGGGCCGAAGUCUCAAACUUCUCAUGACUAAAGGAUUUUUCAACUUCCAUCCUUCUAUUUGUAUUUGUAAAGGCAUUUUGACGAAAAUUAAUCGAGAUAAGCUGUCGGAAAGAUGGAUGUCGAUUCAAGAUAGCCUACAUUGUGGAAAUCCUAUGAAGCAUGGGAUCUCAGAUCAGAGCCAUACUGAUGUUAGCGGGCACGAAGCUCAUGGAAAGGAAGAAAGCGCAUUGGAAUCCCUCCAAAAAUUUUGCGAAGUGGAUCUUGAGUUGCUAAAUCGAAAUCAGAGGGAACAACCAGGUAGUUCCAGUAUUCGAAAGAUGGAUGUCAGUCGUAAACAGAACAACGAAAAUAUUAGUCCAGAACCGAAAAAAGAAAGCCGAUUGACAUCUAUUAUUGACCAAUUGAGAAUCAGUAAAACAAAAGACGCUGGGCAGUCAUACUCGGUUAAUAAACAGAGUGGCAAGCCUAAUUCAAACAGCCCUUGGACACAGCAACCAGAAAACAGCGGUAAGUUUCAAACUGCUCUAGAAUUUGUUUACCUAUUAGCGAUGCUUUUAACUGUUUGUAUAAAACCGUGGGUUGUGACAACCAAAGGUACAGCAACAGCAAUUUUUCACGAUGUCGAGUUAUCAGACUUCUGCGAUGAGGUCGUGAACUCAAAGGUGGGUGUUGGAGUUGAAAGGUGUCUCAAAAUCUUCCGAUUUCGAAGGUCGAUGCCCAAAGUUUGCUCAGCUCAUCCAAAUGUUAAUUUUCUCUAUAGGAAUGGCUCUCCACAGUGCCCACUCAUGAUCAGAGAAGACUAUUAA